AUGACCUUCGAUGCCGCGGACGCGAUGAACACACAAAUUUCACGCAAGAGAAAACGCUCCGCCAUCGCCUGUACGCGUUGCCACGAUCGCAAAGUCCGAUGCAGUGCCGCAUUCCAAGGGAUACCUUGUGCAAACUGUGCUCAAGAUGGCACGCCCUGCACCAUCUACCAGGCUCAAGCCGCCCGCCUGGAUCAGCCCGUCGCGACCAGCGAUGAGAGGCACAAAGUGAUUUCUCCCCAAUACCCGCUCACGCCAACCCCAAGUUUAGUACCGGCUACCGAGGUUUCACGCUGGACGGAUGCCGCUUCUACUUCCCACACGAAAGACGGGACGGAAAAUGCACAUGCCCACGUGGGUUCGUUGGACAGUGACAGGCCCGUUGUCUUAGCAGAUGACCCAAUCGAAGGACCGCCGCGGACCAGCCCUGCAGGUCCAGUUCCCAACACUCGCCUGGAGCGCGUGCCACGAGAGAAUUUGGUGCCAUUUUAUGCGGGCGAGGUAGGAGGCCAUGAGUUCCUGUUCGAAGUGUGUUCGCCAAACCGAUCCUUGAGGGGAAGCCCGUACAUUAUCAGCCGCAAUAUACACAAACGACCACGCUUCAAGCCAGAGAUUGGCUCUCGGCCACGCUUUCCGUCGGCUGUCUGCCAGGAACUCCUCCGUUGCUUCUUCGGCUACGUUUACCCAAUUCUGCCCGUGGUCCACGCAGGCGACUUCCUCACCAAAUACUCUCGUGAUCCAAAUAGCGUGAGCGGCCUGCUCCUCUGGUCGAUUUUCCUCGCUGCAGCCAGCUACCUCGAUACGGAAAGGUUAUCCUCUGCGGGGUUCAAGAAUCGGAAGCAGCUGAAAGAGUUCUGUUUCCAGCAUGCAAAAGCAACGUAUGACGCGCAAGUCGAGAACGACAAGACCGCAGUCAUCGCCGCGACCCUGCUUCUCGGCUUUUGGUAUGUGGACUUGGAGGACCAGGACGGGUCCGGCUACUGGAUUGGCAUAGCCAUCCACCUCUGCUACACGAUCGGCCUACACCGCGAACCCAAUUAUGCUCGACUCCCACGCUGUCCGUUCCCUGAAUCACAGCGAGCGCUCUGGAGACGACUAUGGUGGUGUGCCUACUACCGAGACGCCUGGUUUUGCCUAGGAGCUGGAAGACCGAUGCGCGCCCAUAUUGAUGAUUGUGACUUGGAACUACCGACGGUGGAGGUUGUCACAGACGAUUUCAAAGAGCUGUCACCGGAACUGCGAGAGGCGUUCUUGCCUUUCCAGAUGGAGAAACUAGCAGAGCUGUGGAUAAGAAUGCUCCAGCUUUCCAUCAAGCUGGAGUGCACCAUGAUCCGGCACUAUCGACCACGGCGACCACCGCUAUCGGUAUCUCAACUGGAAGUCGAUCACGCAGAUAUACUCCAUCUGCUCACCAGCCUUGACCGGGAGCCCGAGCACAAAUCCAGCACCCUGGCUCUGCACACCAGUCACUUCCAAACAUACGUGAACACCGUGGUAAUCAUUCUUCACCGACCAUACGUCCUCUCCGCACCCGAACACCUGCAGCCAGGGGAACGCAAGAACCUGCAAAGGGCCGCGAUCCAAGCCUGCAAAUCCGCCGCGGCUGCCAUCACGAGCACGCUGAGCAAGCUGAUCGCCGAAAACAUGAUCGAAACAUCGCCGACGACGCUGGUGACCCCCAUCAUGAUGGCAAUGCAAAUCCACUUCUACGAACUCGCGCGAUCGGAGGGACUACUUCGCCAACACGCCCUGCACAACUUGAAUCUACAUUUCAUGGUAUUGACACACUUGAAGAAGACGUUCUGGACCGCCGACAUGCAUCACAACCUGUUUACCGAAUGCAUCAAGGCGCUAAAUUCAGGCAAGGGCGACCAGAGCCAGUACGGAGGGUGCGCCAAUGGUGUACAAGACCCCACAACAGCGGCGAGACCAAAUUCACCGCAUGGUGUUCGGGACGACCAGUGUCCAUCUAUGGGCAGCAUGCUGGAAGCAUCUGGACUGAGUGAAAGCGCCUUUGAAGAGUUCUUUGCUUCUUUUGGUCCUUUUGAUAAUCUCUCGUCACUCUUCGAGGACAGGUAA